GUGUGUUUGGCUUGAUCAAUCGACAAGCACCGGACGCACUCACCGUUGAAUCCCCAAAUUUGAAGAGUUCUUGUGAGGAUGUAGUUAAGUAGCUUAUGCUUAGCAGGAUAUAACUGGCCUGACAAAAGUUGAUAGGAUGAAACGCAAUAGUGGGUAUCCUGGCGCACUUAACAGUGAUGACAUCCUGCAUGAGAUCCUAAUUCGGCUACCACCAUCAACAAUCUCCAAAUUAAUUAUUGUAUCAAAAAGAUGGCUGCGGGUAAUAUGCAGUCCUUCAUUUCGUCGAUGUUACUUGAGUAAAUGGGGGCAAAGUUUUCGACUUUUGGGUUUUUUCGUAUGCAACUUUUUAUAUCUUGGAAGACCUCGGGAUGGAUACCGCCGCCCUCGUUGGGAACCUGCCCUCCCGAUCUUGUCCACUUGUAAAGAGGGUGAUGAUUUGAAACUUUCUGGAAUCCUCAAACAUCUUGGGUACUUCAUUGAUAGUUCCAAGGGGAUAAUUCUUUCUGGUUUCCACCCUAAGACAUAUUAUGUGUACAAUACUGUGACCAAGCAAAAGUAUCAACUCCCAGAGCCUCAGCAGUUUUAUAAAAUUCUGUGCAUGGCAUUGAUUGUUGAGGAAUAUCUUGAUGGUGACUUGUGCUACAAGGUGAUCCGGGCAAGAUGUGAAUGCAAACUUAAGGAACGAAAAACUGUUUCAAUUGAGACUUUCUCAUCAAAAACUGGACAAUGGAAGCAAUCCACUCUAAUGUGCUCCACAUCUUUUGCAUUGCGCCCAAGGACGGCCGCUAUGGUGGUCGGAGGGGUUGUACACUGGUUUGCAAUCUGGGGAAAACUUGCCAUUUAUGAUCCUCGUCUUGGAGACAGGUAUAUAGCUUUAAUUAGAUUACCAAGAGGUGUGUUAUCACAUGAGCAUGAGGAAUCGGUUCUUGGAGAGUCAUCUGAUGGGCUUUUACAGUAUGGUCAGAGCAAUAACUUGGGUCUAGAGAUAUGGAUACUUCAGAAGGAACCAGGAACCAACUCAUCCAUUUACUGCAACUGUACUCAUAUGAAGUACAAGUGGAUACUGAGGUGGAGAUUAUAUUUUAAAGUAUUAUGGAAGCAGAUGCCAUCUUUAAGUUCGCAUGCUAAAGAAACCCAGAUACUGUCAUUCCUUCCUCAAAAUUCUACAUCUAUCUUCAUUAGGUCAGGGUGGAACAUUUUGCUGUAUGAUUUGGAGACCAAAACGGUGGAAACUGUUAAUUAUCAGGGUCGUGGAGGCACCAUUUCAUGGGAAUCUAGCAAAGUAGUUCCUUACUUUCUACCAGCUUGGCCACAUGCGUCCUCAGGUGUCAUGACAACAUGAAACAAGGGAAAACAUGUCGUUUUUCAAUCCAGAUGCAUUUGGUUUUUUCGAUUUUGUUCCUCAUCUGGAUAUAAUGAAAUUUAAGCGUUUAGCUUCUUUGUUCUGUUUUAAUGUCUAGCCAUAGGAGGAUCUUCAUUUCUCUUGUAGAUACAGUGGUGUCAUACAUGCUUAGAGGGUGUUGUUUUAUCAAAACACUGAAAAUUUAGCUUCUUAAGUCAUUUUGUAGAAGAAAUGAAUUGCAGCCUGAUACAGUCGCGACAGGUUAGCUGCAUAUUUCUAGCGUGUUUGGAUACGCGAUUGGAGAUCUAGACUCUCGUAUUUUUGU